AUGGUCGUCGAAAAGGGACACAAAAUCUUCAUCCCCGCUGACCAGCUCACCACGACUGAGAUCAAGGUUGAGUGGGAACAAACCUUUCGCGCACAAUCGGUCCCGUACUACGCAGUACCUUUCUUCAAUAGAGACCAGGACAAUGAGGAGAGCGUCAUAUUUAUACAGAAGACCUAUCUCGACUAUCUCAAAGACAAGAGUGCACUUGAAGAUAAGAUCACGGUGAUCGUGGAUGACUCUUUUCAGUAUGGCCAGAACAGGGAGAAGACUAAACGCUGGCUGGUCUACCAUAACAAGAUGAACAAUCCCUACCAGUUGCGCUUUAUGUUGGGACUUAUAUCCAAGCUUGGCAGUGACGCCCUUAAGUUCGGAGGAGGUUUCAUUCCCAGCCUCGACAGGGAGAUGCUCAGUCAAACACCGGGUAUCAGAAUAUUGGGCGCAUUGCUUGUGCUCACCAACAAAGCAGUAGCAACAAGCACUCAGCGCAUUGUGGAAAUUGCUGGCAUCAACACCAGCAACGUGACAAUCUGGGACUGCCCCUCAAGCACUAGUCCUGAUGUCAGCCUGCCAAUGAUUCAAACCGCUAUGAACGAUUUUGCGUAUACAUUCUACACCGAGAAAGACGUCAAGCGUGCAUUUGAGCGCUAUGUAGCAAGCAACUACGUACAGCAUAACCCCAGCAUUCCGGACGGCAGAGAUGCAGCUGUUAAGAUCCUUUCGCCUUUAUUUGGUUCUCCAGAUAAUACCUUUGAGAUUGCCCGGGUUAUGGUAGGGCCGGAGUACACGACGAUCCAUAUCAAGGCUGGAGGCGCCAAUGAGUCUUUGACAAAUGUCUUUGAUGUUUAUCGGACCAAGGGAUCAUGCAUUGUUGAACACUGGGAUUGUCUGCAGGCUAUGGAAAAGAACACCACGUCCCAUCAUCCAUACUUUUAG